AUGAAUCAGGCACGAUUCAGUAUUGAGGAAGCGCAAGAAGUGCUAUUUUGGAUUGAGCAAGCAACGAAUAUACAAUUCGAUAAGGAUCCAUCAACUUUUGAAACAGCUCAAGAUGUUGCGGACUCACUCAAAGAUGGUACUCAAUUAUGUGUUUUAAUGAAUCGAUUAUUGGGUAAAACAAAUGCACUACCAUACAAUGCUAAACCUAAAAUGCCUUUUCAUAAGAUGGAAAAUAUAAGCAGUUUUCUAGAUGCUAUUAAAGCGUACGGUGUUCCGGAAAUCUCAUGUUUUCAAACAGUUGAUUUAUAUGAAAAUAAACAAUGCUACAAAGUAAUCGAAUGCCUUAGGGCAUUAGCUGCUGUGGCUCAAUCAAAGAAUGCGCCAGUACCAUUUCCAUCAUGGGUUGUUAAACUUUCCCAGGGUCAUCCACGUUUUUUUCCGGAAUCAGUGAUACGUCGUGGUGAAAUGGUAAUUCCAUUACAAUACGGUACAAAUAAAUGCGCUUCACAGAAAGGUAUGACACCGUACGGUUUGACAAGGCAAAUCAAACCGGAAAGCUAA